AUGGCAUCAUCAACAACGGACUCUUCGGCACCAAAUUUAGCAACACUUUUAUUAAUUAAACGAAAACUAGGCGCAAAAAAUUCUGAUAAAAUAAGCGAAAAACAAGCUUCACCAACACUUCAAACUACUACUAUUGCUCAUUCAAAUGAAAAAUCAUUUUAUCGUCAAAAUAUGUCGAUUGUAAAUCCAACAACCACCACAACAACAACAACACCUACCAAUAUACAAGAAUCCCCAAAAGUUAGUCGAAAAAACAAACAAAUUGAAGUAGAAUUACUUGAUAAAAAAAUGGAAGAAAUUAAUCGUAAACAAGAAGUAAAAACAAAUGAAACAUUAGUCACAUGGAAAGGUUUUGAUUCUCUUAAUUACGGAUUUGUUCUCGACUCUAACAUGCACAAAUCAACGCCUUUUCCACCUACGCCAACAAAACAACGUACACCAACACCAUCAAUAAAUAUACAAUCAGCAUCAGUCAAAAAUUCAGAAAAAACCAUUAUUGAAACACGAAAACAAGAAUCACCCGUGAGUCUGCCACCAAUUGAAAAAUAUCCAUCAACAAUAUCGAAACAAUCAACUCCUCAACUUAUUGAUUCUUCCGUCAAAGAUCAAUCUAGUUCUAAACUAUCAUUGAAGGAAGACGAACCUCAAAAAGUAAGUGUAGAUAAACAAUCACUUUCUCCUCCACGAUAUUCUAAAGUACAUUCUGUGCCUUCAUUAAAAAAGUGA